CUUCAACCCUUCAAUUGCGACGCUGCUGCAAGCCCUGCAUUUGAUUUAAUCCCCCGAUAUAUUUUCUACAACUCUACAGCUAUUCUAAAAACCUCCAUUCCGCCAUUAGAUUCGCACGACGCGUCGAUGUGUUCCUGGGACCGAAUCCUCCAAGGCGCGAAUUGAGCGCAUCCCUCCAACAUGCCAGAACCGCAGAGCCUACCAACGCGAUUCCCAUGCUGGUGCCGGGCGGUAUAUAGCUGGGGAGGAGAGUCUAAACGCGACCUUGGAUUCGUCGAAGGAGAUCUAAUAGAAUGCCUCAACGCCGGAGAUGGAUCAUGGUGGAUGGGGAGGCUACGACGGGACAAGCGUAUGAUGGGACUGUUUCCUUCGAACUUUGUGGAGGUCCUUGAUGAUAGCUUUCGACCAGCGAGCAGGGCUUCGAGCCCAAUGCCAGAUCGAUCACUCAGCCCGAGUCCAUUCAACCCACAACCAUCAGUAAAGGCCAAGUCCAAACCAUCUCGAAAGCCUUUUCAAUCAUACUCUCAGCCAGAUUCUGCAGCCAUGAAACGAGCGGAAUUACAAAAGCAGGACAGUCUAUCGUUAUCUCGAGCACCCUCACCGAAUCCUAUGAGCGUUCACGAUAAUAUUGGCUCAGUACCCUCUCCUCAAAUACGUGGCUAUGGCUCCCGUGCACCUUCUCCAGCUCCACCAAUGCAUAUUGGAUACGGUUCGAGGGCACCCUCACCGAUGCCCCCAAGACACAAUGGGUAUGGAUCUCGAGCGUCAUCUCCAGCUCCAUCCUUCCAAUAUGCACAUCACUCUCGAGCACCAUCACCAAACCCGCAAUUCGACAUUGGUUCCUCUCCUCCACCUCCUCCACCGCCACACAGAACUACAUAUACCGCGCAGGGUUCCAUCAAUUCAUAUGAUCCACGUCCCAAUGGCUAUCACACCCCGCGUGGAACUUCCCCUUGCCCUCCAUCACCCGGACCCACGGGGUUGACGCCUUCCCCUCUCCGAGAUGCCAUGGAUGAUGUUAUGUCCUCGUUGGCAGAUAUGGGAAUACGAAGCACAGAGUCUCCAGAGGUCCCGCUAGAUCCAUGGUCUCCUGAAGCUUUCGAUCAGACAUACACAAAGGCGAGACGGGCCGCACCAUUGAGACCACAAACAGUAAUGGGGAUUGGAGCACAGAAUGGUUUUGACGACUAUGACCCUAAGUCUUAUGGUGGCAGUUCCUCUUCUCGUUAUGAAGUUGACCAGCCUCCUCCACAAUUGAGCAAUUACGUCCAGCGUAUGGAGAAUCGACUGAGUAAAAUGCAUUCCAGCAGCCCACGGCCUGCCCCGGAUGAUGACUGUGGCCCAGCUGUUCCUCCAAAGAUGUCUUACAAUCGACCGAAGUCUUCCAUGGCUGGCAGUACACAAUCAGAACCAAAACUUCGUCAUCGCAAGUCAGCUUAUGAAGUCGGGAGAUUAGUUCUUGGGCGCACUUUUACAACGAAGACAAAUUCUACUACAACUUCAUCUGGAAACCGGAGUACGACUACCAACGGCAGCUCGAGUACGAACAUGACUGAUCGAAGUCUUAUGAGCGGACAUUCGGCAGGUGGAUUUUCAGCUACUAGUGCAGGAAGUUAUGCAAGAAAAAAAGAAGCCUCGAGUGGCAGAUCUCACAGCGCGUUUGGGUCCAGGAAAGACCACUUUUUGGGCAUGAACGCGAGCCAGGCAAGUUCCACUAGCCGACCUCAGACGCCGGUAACGGGCAUAUCAUAUCACAGCAGUCAUGCCUCUGAAGCGCCACGAUCUCAAUCGCAAGCGGGAUGGCAUGGUUCAACGACGGAUUCGAGCAUUCUGGGAGGACUCAUGUCACCGCCAAAACCUAAGAAAAGCGGAUUCUUCAAGAAGUUCAUCGAUUCAGCAAAGACGGGAGCUGCGAGUGCCAGGAGUAGUAUUGCCGCGGGUGAAACUUCAAGACCGAGAGUUCCUACGAAGAUGCCCAAUGGCGUCUCGUCUAUCGCUGGCGGUUUCGGCACCCAGCAGCCUGUAAGCAGUGCAGCAAGCGAUAUGGGUCUUGGGGGCGGGAAUGGCGGUAUUGAUUGGGUCCAAGUACGCCGAGAUGUCAACCGAUCAAAUUCUUUGAGCCGAAUUGAACGUAUCGAAAGAAAGGACCGAUGUCAGAUGAUGGACUACCCAGCUAUCAGCCCAAUGGAGGAGCUUUAUGAGCAGUGCGACGGCGAUGAAGGUACGGAUGGAAACCCUGUGGCCGAACCAACGAAUUUCCAAGCAGUCAAUCUGAGUCUGGUUGACAAGAAUGCGAGGUUCAUCAACAGUCUUCCCCCGAUGACGAACCCAGUCAGUCUAGCUACCGGGUUUGUUUGCAGACCUUACCGAAGCGAUGUUCAAAGAUUGAGAGCUAUUUUCACAUGGGUAAGCGAGAAGAUUACCUGGGAAGAAGACUUCGAGACGGAUGUUGAUUCGAAACGACUCAUCCAAACCAAGCGAGGUUGUGCUGAAGAAGUGGCUGUUCUGGUGAUGGAGAUGUGUGCAGCGGUUGGAAUUCAUGCAGAGAUUGUCAAGGGAUAUCUGAAGACUCCAGGAGAAGUUCCCGAGCUGGGGGUAAUGCCUCGUUCGAACCACUGGUGGAAUGUGGUCAUUGUGGAUGGGGAAUGGAGAAUUAUGGACUGUUCACUUGCGGCCCCCUCAAAUCCCCGUCGAGGUCUUUAUUCGAGUGUUGGAAGCCAGGUUGCCGACAGUUGGUGGUUUUUGACUCGUCCGUCGGAGAUUUGUUGGACUCAUAUUCCGGAACAGCACCAGCAUCAACAUCUGUGUCCUGCCAUCGCGCCUGAGAUCCUUCUGGCUUUACCUUGUGCUUGUCCACCGCACUUCAAGAAUGGUCUUGCCAUGGUCGACUACGACUCAAGUCUUGUUCGAAUUGAGGACCUCGAGUUGGUUCAUAUCAAGUUUACAGCCCCAGCUGAUGUUGAAUGUGUCGCUGAGGUUGAAGCUCGAGCAUUUGAGCGCGAUGCAGAUGGUGAUUUCUUUGAAAGUGGAGAGGUGGUGAAGAAGCGUGCACUCACACAGGCAGAAUGGAUCGGGGGCCAGAAACGCUACACAGUGAAAGCUCUCCUACCCGGCGACGAAGGCCAUGGUAUCCUUAAGAUCUAUGCUGGAAAACGAGGUCUGAUGCACUCAAUCAAGGACAUUCCGCAUCCACUUGCGUUCGCCCUUCCCAUCAUCCACACAGGAGAGAACCCACCGUAUGAGUUCUUGACUCGCCAUCCAACUCCCCAUGCACAACGACACGACUUAUACGUGGCGCAACCUCAAUGCCAUCGCCUUGCUCUAAACAAUACCUUCGUCUUCGCGAUCCGACAACAUCCGUCAUCGCUCUCAUCCACAUCCCCAAACCCUGGAGGCACGUCGCCCAUUCCAUUCACCCGCCCGACUUCAGCAAUGUCAAUCACCAAUUCCUCGGCCUCCGGGUCGAAUCCUGGCACGACAAACGCGUAUGCCUCGAAGAAACCAGCGAAACUAGCGAUCCAGGCACCAGGUGGCAAAGUCCUGAGGUUGAUGCGGAAGGAAGAGAAGAUACAGAGUACGAGCCAAGCGCUUGAACGAGGGGAUGGAGGGACAUGGGAGACGAUAAUCAAAGUUGGAGAGAGAGGGGUGUGGAGAGGGCUUGUGCUGGCGGAUCGGAGUGCGAGGUGGUGUGUUUUUGCGGAGUGGACUUGUGUCUGAUAGGAAGCUAUUCACAAUUGUGAUACUAGGGGGGGAGAUAUCCGUUAUUUGAAGACAUCGGGCAGGGAUGAAACGGGGAGAUUUGUGAGUGUGUUCUGCAUUGCAUUUGCGUGGCGUAUUGUCCGAGGUACAGGGGAUCUGGGGUUGGGAUGUGAAAAGGUCCAGUGUAUAAAAAUAUGCAUGCGAGUUGGCGUUCUUUUUCUGGUCCAUUUGGUUGGAAAGUUGCAGCUUUGUAGGACUAGGAUUCCUGAUUCAUCUUCAGACGAGGGGUGUGAUGAGACGACAUCAGAUGAAUUGAAUUGAUUUCAAGAAUGGCC